GAAUAUCUCGACAACCUGGUUUUCUGUUUCCAAAGCCACAUGUAAACAAACAAUGAAUUUGAAUGUUCGUUUCAGUUUUAGCUUGGCUUUAUUUUUCAGCAAUUCAGUCUGCAGAAAAUUUCCGAUAAAUAAGAACAACAUAUGCAGCUGCAAUAGAGAUGCCUUGAGGUCAUGAAUACAGGGACAGAUGAAGACCCCUUGCCAGAUGUGUCGAAAUUUGAAGAGAACCAGGAAGAAGAAAGCGUCAGUUUUCAAAUCAGACCAUGUCUCGCAAAUAAAUUCAAAUGUGAAAAAGUGAAGGAAGUGAUACGUGAAGUCCUCAAUGAAAAGCUCAAAGGAAAAACCUAUGAUGUAGCAGCUGCUGGACAGUGGAGCGAGGAGAUUGCAGUUAUGAUUAAGGAUAGAGUCAAAGAACUGAAUUAUACCCGCUACAAGCUCAUGGUGCAGGUUGUGCUGGGUGAGCAGCGUGGAGCGGGUGUCGUCACGGCCACAAGAUGUCUUUGGGACGCUGAUAGCGACUCAUACUCGUCUGAAAUUUUCACAAAUGACACCAUAUUUUGCAUGGCUGUGGUGUACGGAGUAUUUUUCUAUUGAUACAAGAGGUUCCUCUCAAAAAUGUCCUUGAAACAUGAUGAAAUUUGAAGCCCUUCAAUCAACAGAAUCACCUGCUACUUUAAAUCAAGAAUGUAACUAUUAUUGAUGCUCUUUUUAUAUUUUCCCCCAUUUAAAUAUUAUUAAUCAUUGUUUAUCAAAGAUGAAAAGCUCUUGAUUUUCCUUUUAAUUUACAUCAUAUGUGAACAUGAAAAUGAUUUAUUCACAUCAUAAUCGCUAAAACUUUUACUUGGUUGUACAAAAUCAGCUGAAUAUUAGUGAAAGAAUAACUUUAUCAGAGUCAAACAUUCAAUGGUACAAAACAUCUUAGAAUAAAAGACAGUCUUUUAAGAAGACUACCGUCCAUUUGUUCUAUCCGGGUUUUUUUUGGUAAAAUACAUACCUGAUGUAAACCACCAAAGAGCAGGAUCAAUAUUUUAAAUUGGAACAUGACACUUAAGCCUGACACUUAGAGAUAUAAAAAAAAUAAAUUAUUUAUGAUUAUGAAAGCUGCAGCUUUUUGAAAAGGGAUGAACCCUAACCUGAUAUUCAUUAGUCAUAUCUUUACUCCUAAUGUGAUCCUUGCCUUUGCUUUGUGACGCUGUAGACCUCUUGUUUGAUCGAAGGCUAAAGGAGUUCAAUAAUAUGUCAUUUAAGGCUCCCAUUUGUUGUCAACUUGUACUACAUCUUCUUUGACUUUGUUACUGUAUUAUUAAAAAUGUUUUCAAAUGAACUAA